AUGGAGGCAGCCGAGGCACACAACCUUGAACGUGCCGCUGUCCUGAAUCUGUUUUCAAAUCGGGAGGAAGAUAAUUGCUGGAAUAAUUGCGAGGCGACUGUGGGCGUGCUCUGUGUGGUGGGCGUGUCCAGCUACAGCGAGGACCCGGUGCAGUACCACAUCCAAACGGACGAUGGAUCCGAGCGAUACUUCAGGUACCAGACCUACGACGGCCAGUACCGCAAGGAGAAGCGGCUGGACGACGGCACGGUCAUCGGCACGUACGGCUGGGUGGACGCCACGGGCCUCCUGCGCCUCUACGACUACAUCGCCGACCUCAGCGGCUACCGCAUCGUGCGGAAGAAGACCCUGAAGAUGGCCCAGCAGCCGCGAGCGCCGGUGACCGACGCCCCCGUCAGGAGGAAACCGUCUAGGCCCUCCUCCUUCAGGACGCCGAGUCGUGCGAGCGUGAGGGAUCAGCCUGGGUUGUCCGUGUCCGUACGGACCCCCACGCCCAAGCCCUCGUACACCCCGAUCAGGACCUCCGCGGUCAGACGACCUCAAGCGCCGAGAAGAACAGCCCCCAGCUCAGGUAAGGCACGCAGGAGAGGAAGCACCCGUUGGGGACGACGACCGCAGGGAGCAGCAGCAACACCCGAGGAAAGAACGCCGACCCGGGCCACGACCUUCAGCCCGAGCAGACGGCGCACGACGACCCAGGCCCCGCAGAGCCCGAAGCAGGACUCGAAACCGCAGAACGAUGUCCAGAGCUUCGGGUUCGGCUCCAAGCUGAGCAGCGGCACUCGAGGCGCUAACAACCUGGGCAAGCAGACUAACACUGACCUCACCACCACUAACACGGGUGGCGCUUUAGACUCUCCCGACGCCCCUCAACAGGCCCUUCCCCUUGGAGAGUCCGGGAGCGAGGCGCAGCCCGACCAGGCCCCCGUCGGCGCCCCCACAGGUAACCCGGCAGCCCACGCAAACAGAGGACACGAGGGAACGGAAACCCAACUAACCAGCCACACGACAGCAACACAGGCCAAUGGCGAGGCGGGGACACUAACUCGUAGGCGAACACAGGGCACGAGGGAGCACCUUGUUCAGCGAACGGGUGACCUACUAAUCGAAAGGACACGUGACCUGGUGACUGAACGACCUGGCGGUGAUAAGGUGACGGAAGCACCCGAUAACGGUCCUAUUAACAGACGCUUGCCCGAAGCAGGAACGUACAGCAUCAACUACGAUCUGGGCAAUCAGUUCCACAAGGAAAAGAUCUUGCCGGACGGAACGAAGGUUGGAAAGUAAGUAUGA